GGGUGUCCGAGCUGCAGCUGGAGAGGAGUGGCCUUACCCGCUUGUUUUGAUUCAUCAUGGAUAAUCUGUCAUCAGAAGAAAUUCAACUGAGAGCUCACCAGAUUACUGAUGAGUCUCUGGAAAGUACGAGGAGAAUCCUGGGUUUAGCCAUUGAGUCUCAGGAUGCAGGAAUCAAGACCAUCACUAUGCUGGAUGAACAAGGGGAACAACUAAACCGCAUAGAAGAAGGCUUGGACCAAAUAAAUAAAGACAUGAGAGAGACAGAGAAGACUUUAACAGAACUCAACAAAUGCUGUGGCCUUUGUGUCUGCCCAUGUAAUAGAACAAAGAACUUUGAGUCUGGCAAGGCUUAUAAGACAACAUGGGGAGAUGGCGGAGAAAACUCACCUUGCAAUGUAGUAUCUAAACAGCCAGGCCCGGUGACAAAUGGUCAGCCUCAGCAACCAACGACAGGAGCAGCCAGUGGUGGAUACAUUAAACGCAUAACUAAUGAUGCCAGAGAAGAUGAAAUGGAAGAGAACCUGACUCAAGUGGGUAGUAUCCUGGGAAAUCUAAAAGACAUGGCCCUGAACAUAGGCAAUGAGAUCGAUGCUCAAAAUCCGCAAAUAAAACGAAUCACAGACAAGGCUGACACCAACAAAGAUCGUAUUGAUAUUGCCAAUGCCAGAGCAAAGAAACUCAUUGACAGCUAAAGCUACUGCUGUUCUUCUUUAUCAUUUAUUCACUUCCGUAGCUCCUUCUUGAAAGUUAUUACCUUUUCAGAGUUUAAAUUUUCGGUUCCACGCUCUUCUAAUUGGGAGAUAAUAUGGAAGAAGGGCCAGAGCAGUCACAGCCCUCCUUCUCUUUUGUUUUCUAUUGAGGGCCGACUGCUGCUUGGUCUUCCUUCUAGUUAUUUUCUUUUUCAAUUCAUACUCUUAGAUUGGUUUUCAUAUGUCAUGUAUAGUGUUUUCAUCCUCCUCAUAUACUUUAGCAGGUUCUUUUGCUUUCAAGAUUUGGAAGCAUUGCCAAAGACAGCCAUGAAGAAGGAAGCUAUAGAGAUGUUCUUUGUUGUUGUUGUUUAUUUUUGCUUUUGUGGUGUGGUAGAGGGAGGGACAAGAGAUAAGAGGUUGUUACCUCAGUAAAAACCUUCAGGCCACAAAACAAAAAGUUGCAGAGCCACAGCGAAGAUGUAGUUGAAUAUAGUUUUUGAUUUAAGUUGCGGUUAUAGCCAAUUUAGGCUAAUGCUUGGUUUUGGAGCUUUUAUACACAAAAUUUUUGUUAGGCAUCACAGCUUUGCAACCUCUGCUC